AUGUGGGACGGCAAAAAGAUAAUUAACAAGCUUUUGGACAAAGUGGUACUAGUGCUACUUCGCCACCAUCUUGCCCGCAAUAGAGAAUCAAAGCGUAUUUCGACCACAACAACAAGGAACCCAUCAGGAAAGAAGGAUAUGAGAAACCAUGCGCGUUAUGUUUGUCGUGCAGAGGAUAAAAAGCUGAAAAAGUUGAUACAAAGAAAGGAAAAAGCAGGCGAAUUAGAAGGAGAAAAGUGGGCCACUAAGAUAAAUAGUGCGAAGCAGCGUCUAGCAAAUUUAAGGCAUACUUUUAAAAAGAAGAUAAGCCAAAUGCUGAAUGAUAGAAAAGAAGCUUCCGUGGAACACAAGCUCGUUGUUCAGGAUUUGAACAUCACGGAAGAACAGCAAGAUUUUCUGGAAGAGGAGGGGACUUUGGAUGAUGAUGUUCCAGAAAGGAGGUUGAAUCAACUCAAGUCCAUAAUCAAACACUUCGUCUUCCGCAAUGAUACGCCUGUAUGUCUAGAAUAUGUCAAACGUCAGUCUCCUGAGACCACCACCACCGAACAGUCAGUAUGCUUGUUGAUCUGCAAUACGUUGAUGAAGUUCUUGCCUCCGAAAAAGCAAUAUCAUGUAAUUGCGUAUCAAAUGUAUUUCUGUAUCUUUACAAAUGACGUUCUUAAAUAUGCACGUUAUACAAAGUUUACUCGCGCAUCAUGUCUUUCAACAUCAUUCUCGUCAUCGAGUGCACUACACCUGGAUUCAGUUACAUUAUAUCAGCUAUUGACCCAGAAUAUAGAUCAAGAAAAGUCGGAAGAACCAUCAUCACAUACCAACCAGCAAAAAAAGAAAGGGUAUAGUAGAAUGAUACUCUAUGGGUAUGAUAGGGAUGAGCUGAUAGGGUCUCAAGACAAAGCGCGCCAAAACAAAGAUGCCACAUUUAACGCAGUAUUUGAUAUGAGAGAGAUUCAGAAAGCAUGUGAAUCGUAUGGUCUAUCUUUUGUACAUCGGAUAACAUGUCUACCAGGAAUGAAAACAGUACGAUUAUUGGGAUCGAGAAUAAAAGCCCACGGGACCGUAACAGAGGAGACAAAUCAGUCAUAUGAAGCACGGAUCUUAAUAAACCCAAGCAUUAUACAAGAAGGACGAAAAACAAAGGAUGCUCUUUUUUCUGAGCUUCAAAAUUUAACAAAAGAAGUCAAGGCACUUGAAUCUGUCCAUAAAAGAGAGCUAGAUCUUCUGAAAGACAGUAACUUCCAAAGGAAAAUCAAGGAAUGUAAAUCAAAUUGGGGGACAACAGAUGACAAGGAUCAGUUAUACCGGACGAUUGGAAAAUAUAAAGAAUCGAGAUAUAAAUCUUAUUUGACGAUGGCAAUUCGUUCCAAAUCAAAGCUCCAUAAUGUUAAAGAUGUCCCUCAAUAUAGCAGAAGUCCAAUUGAGAAAUGUGGCAAAGGUGUGACCAAGGUGGAGGACCGAACUGUUGUGAAUCCUGGUGACUUUAACUAUGCGGGUACUGACAAUGGCCUGGUGAAUAUGACAGCAUCAAUACCGAUGUCGUUACAAAGAAUGCAAUUUCACUUAAAGCUUUUCAACUAUUACACCGCGUUAAGCAAGGACUCCAAUGAAGACAAAGAUUCAAUGAGAGAAUCGGAGUCGGCCCCUGUUGCUUCUAUUGACAUGGCCAUCAGAAACUUUCGUGCUAAAUACGAUCAACGACGAAGCCUGCGGGAUUUCUACAAUUCUCCAAAAAUCAUCAACAAAAAAAGACAUGUAGAAAUCCAACAACAUCGUUAUCGGCAUCACCUCUGUCGGCGAGAGAGAUUGGAAUUGAAGCACUCAGAGAAUAAGUUGUCUUCUAAAAAGCCCUUGAUACUCUUCAUUGGCGAUCGAGGGACCGGUACCGGUUCUCGAAUCAAAGGCUUUAGAAAGUAUGGUGGUAAGUGGAAGCAGAAUAUAAAUGGGGAAGCAGUUAAUGUCUGCAUCACAAAUGAGUGCAAUACCUCCCAAACGUGUAUAUUCUGCUUUUCGCCUUUAACCAAUCCGAGGAUUCCUGGCAAAAAGGAAGAAGUUACAAAGUCAACAAAGGCACCUUCCUUUGUAUCAAUCCUCGGCCUAAGCUCAGUUAUGUUUGGUGCCGCGCCACCUCCUUUUUACAACCUCAGCCAAAUCACUGCUGAACAUUAUACAACAAUAAAAUCUGACUUCUGUACACGAAGAGACGAUUUGGCAGCAACAUUGUAG